CUAAAAGUAAGAGUUGAAGAGCUAUUCGCCAGACAGAAAAUCGUAGGCCCAAAACAACAAGCAUGAGACUUCAAAAUUUCCCCCCGAGCUCUGCAAACCGGUGCCCAAGUGACACACGGCACAGCGAAGGCGCCAUCACCAGCCCUGUCCACCACUACUUUGGCUGCCUGCGGGAGACUGAUCGCCGCAAGUACUACGAGACCCUUGAUCCGCGCCAGAAAGCUGCCAUCAGGGACGAAUGCCGUCGCAUCAUAACUCUACGCAGGCGGCUAGACCUAGAGGAAGACUCCUUGGACGACCUUCCCGAGGUCGUGGCCCUACUAGCACGUCGGCACUCGACACGGGCAGACGACGCAGGUCCAAGCCAGGGAGAAAACGGGAGCGAUCUACAACGGGCAUGUCUUUGCGGACAGUGCAACGAUACCGAGCUGGCGGAUGAUGGGCGUGCAGAAAAGGCCAGUCUAGAGGACGGGGUCUUGGCGCACGUAGUCGAGUUCCGGCGUGCAGACGCUGGGCGGGGAGGUCUGGCUCCGCACACCGACAACAGCCUGCGCGGCGUCUGGCCGGACCAGACCGCCCCAGUGUCCUGGCUGCUUGCAGGCGACACGCGAAACCCCCUGAGAUCCGAGUGCCCCGAGGACGGUCUACGGUGGCUCCAUCUACCAUAUAACAAUCUCGCUUGGAUGGAGCAAAUUGUGGGUUCCGACAGCCCCAGCGGGACCUUCUUCCACCGCUCCAUGAAUCGUGCGAAGCAGGAAGACGGCGCGUUAAGAUCUUGGCACAUGCGAGCUAUGUGUGAAUCGGAGCUAGCAACAGACACCGAUCCCCGCCGACCAAGUCAACCAAACAUUGCACUCUACAUGCCGUAUCUGAGUUGGGAAUACGAGCGCCAGCACCUUGACAUGAGUGCGUGGACCCAAGAGGCUCAAAAACUUAAACAGGACUCUAUGAGCCCAAGGGAAUACAGCUCUCACCCAAAUCCCCACCUCAGCAACCAACAUCCCAACACCCCGCCCUUCACUAGCGACGUGCACCACAAAGACAAACCCCACCUCCGCCUACGCUCGACCCUCGCCGCCUGGCGCCAGACGCGCAACCGGCCCGACCUAGCGGUAGCGCUCGCCGCAGCGGCACACACCGCGCAAGCGCUACGCUUACAGCACGACCGCGCCAUACUAGCCCCCGGCAACAACGCCGUCGAGCCGCGGCGCACGCUGCACCAGGCGGCGCACUGGACGGUCGACACGCAGCUGCUCGACCGCGGGCAGGUCACACGGCAGGCGACGGUACCCGUCAUGGAGUACGCCGGCGAUACGUACGACAUCCGCUGGCGCUGGUCCGCAGGCACGCCGCACACGCGCCUGCUGAUGGUCGACAGUGUAUGGCUGUUUGUCGCCGGCGCGGGCACGCUCGUGACCUGCUUCCCCGCGCGCUACGGCGAGCGCGCUGGUGAUGGCGACGGGGGGCUGCAUGGCGCUGUGCGGCGGCGGCUGGCUCGCGAGAUGAAAGACCUUCCGGGCACUGCGACGGCGCGCGACCUAGCGCUGUUGGUUCUUGAUGAGUGCGCUGGGGUUUUCUUUGGCGGCCGUGCAGCCGCGCCGCACGCGCAGCCUCCGGUGCUGGAUAUUUUCGGGCGCAAGAUUAGCGACGUGACGCGGCGGUGCCACCUGCUGACGGAGCAGAUCGAGACCUUCACGCGACUGCUGGCCGCGCUGUUCCACAGCGGGCGCGUGGCAGAGGCCAGCGCCGCAUUCCCGCAGAUGGCCGGCAAGAUCAAGAUGCAGAAGGACAUGAAGGGCGUGCUCGGGGAGCUGCGCAUCAUGCGAUGCGUCCUGGAACAGCAGGUGCGGGUUGUUGGAAUUUUCAGACACGCCGAGCAUGCCGGUGACGAUGAUGACCACCUGUGCAGGGUCGGCCACCACUUGGCCGUGGUUGAGAAUUUGAUCAAGGCCGCCGAGGACGCCCAGCAAGAGCUAGACGACCUCACGAGCACGAUGGCGCACCUGCAGCAAGAAGCCAGCGUGGUGCGGUCUUUCGAGUCGGCAUGGCAGGGCGAGGAGACGGCCAAGCAGGGCAAGGCGUUGAUGCUGUUCACCAUUGUCACGGUUAUUUUCUCCCCGCUCUCCUUCAUGUCAAGCAUCUUUAGCAUGAACUCGGUCGAGCUGUCCCAGUCGCCGCUGUCUCUCGGCGACGAGGUCAAGUUCAUGGUCCUCGUCUCGGCCGCGGUUAUCGCCGUCUUCUUCACCUUCGCCUACAGCUCGACAGCCCGGGCCGCCGGCAAGGCCCUCUUCAGCGUGCCGUGCCGGUGGGUGGCGACGCACGUCGGCCCGCUGCGCCGCCGCUACAUGGCGCGCAGGGCGCCGUCGGCGUCUUCGCUGCAGGACCGCAUCGCCGACUACGAGGCCUGGCAGCGCGAGAAGUUGCGUCUGCGCAGUCGCUAUGGCAGGGCCCGCUACGAGUCCAUGAAGGACGCCCAGCGCGGCGCGGCGCAGUCGAGACGGGCUGUCUUGGAGCUGGCGUGA